AUGUCACACCCACCUUACCUCAUUGGUCCUACCACCAUGUCUCAUGGAGACGUGGGGGAGACCAAUCGAAUAUCUUGGGGUACAUGUAUCCCUGUACCUGGGCACACAAUUUAUUCAGCCCUACGAGCAGUGGAAUUGGUCCGUGCGGUUGACAACCUAUUCGAUCUAUCCAAACAGCUCAAUUCAUCUGAAGAUAUCUCUGGAAAAUCUGAUGCACCCGAACAAGUGGAUCUACUCGAUGUAGGCGUGCUUGAGAAGUCUAAUGUUUGCUAUACAUCUGAACAACUUCUCUCGUGGAAUCUACUGUCCGAGCCUCUAUGUCUAUACGACACUGUCGGUCCAGUGCUCGAACAAUUGAAUCACUCAAGCUCAGAAGAUGACCAACAGCCGGCGGAAACCAUCAAUGUGCCCUCUGUGCUCGAGAAUCAAUUCGUCCCCCAAGUUCAAGCUUUUUGUGGUGGAAAUUGCAAUGAAGAUUUGAUUGGCCCUCACGCAUGCAAACGUGACGGAAAGGUUCUCCGUAUUACCUGCCGCAGCAACUCCUGCACGGCCGGAUUCCCUACCAAGCAUGGCUUCAAUCGCCACUGUCAAUCGGUGCAUAAGCUCGGGAAACCCAUCGAUUGCGAAGUUCCUGGAUGUGAUCGAGUUGGUACUUCAGGGUUUACGCGCAGGGACAAUAUGGUUCAACAUUUGAGGGAGGUGCAUGGAGUGGAUACUCCGAUUCAGAAGUAUCGGAUUAGGGGACAAGUGCGGGGCUAUAUUCAUUGA